AGCAUCAUGUCUUUGGACGCGACAGCAUCCACUCCCGAGCCAAAUCCGUGGUCAGAAACACCCAAACAAGAAGAGAAAGCAACCCCAGCCGAACCCCGACCAGUUGAACUCUCAGAUUCGUCACUCCUAGACGACUCGUUUGCACAAGGGUUUAAGAAUGAGCCAUCCACAUCGCUCGAUCUCCAACCUUCCAACGUUGAACAAGUUAUCUCGGAGUUCGACCCACUUGCCAAUAAGGAAGAGGCAGCAGCAAAGGAGGCCUGGGAGAAUACAGAGCCACAUCCACCACCACCGCCGCCAAGAACACCUUCCCCACCGCCAACACCACCCUCAAAGGAUAUUGAAACACCCGGCCCAACAACACCGUCAGCAUCUGUCUUUCCAUCGUUCUCUUCUUUGGCAAAGACAUUCUCCCUCCCCCUCAAGCCCAAGUCACGGCCCGGCUCCAUAGAUAAUGCCCGCCCAGUCCCCUCACCCUCCAAGCUCUCCAAUUUCGUGGAGCAACAAACGAGGCAGCAAUCAGAGUCCACUGGAGCACCAGAAAUGAGUGGGAGGACACCCGAACCGCCACCAACGACAUCAGACGACCCUCCACCGUUCGAUUUCCAAAGGUUUUUGGAUCAAAUGAAGUCCCGUCAUGCAGAAGCUGUUGCGAAAUACCUCAAAUCGUUUCUCAGCAACUUCUCAAAACGGACAUUUACUGUUGGUGACCAGGUCAAGAUCAUCCAGGAUUUUCUGAAUUUCAUCGCUCGACCGAUGCGGGAGUCUGAGAUUUGGAAAAAUGCUUCUGAUGCUGAGUUUGACAAUGCGAUGGAGGGUAUGGAGAAGCUGGUCAUGAACCAACUUUACCAAUUUACAUUUACCCCACAAAUCGCCAUUACGAUUCCGCGCCGGCAGAUAACGGCUGAUGACCUUGAGCGUGAUCGUGUACUCACCCAACGAAUAGCACUGUUCGGUUGGAUAGAGGAAACUCAUCUAGAUAUUCCCGUUGGCGAAGGAAGUGGCGGCUUUUUAAUGUUUGCGCAGCAAGAGCUGCUCAAGGUCAACCACUACAAGGCUCCCCGAGACAAGCUUAUUUGCAUUCUCAACUGUUGCAAAGUCAUCUUUGGCCUCAUACGUCAUCUGAAGAAAGAGGAAGGCGCGGACUCUUUCCUGCCUAUAUUAAUCUUCGUUGUGCUCAAGGCGAACCCGGAACACCUGUUGUCAAAUGUCGAGUUCAUAAAUCGAUUCAGAAAUCCCACUAAGCUCCAAAGCGAGGCGGGGUAUUAUCUAUCAAGCCUAAUGGGGGCCGUUUCGUUCAUCGAGACGAUGGAUCAUACGUCCUUAUCAAACAUUUCGCAAGAGGAAUUUGAGCAAAAUGUCGAAGCCGCCAUCCAAUCCUUACCCGCCGACGCCUCGCCAACUUUGCCGCAUGUCCUCCCUGCCAAUUUCCUGUCAACACCCUCCCGAGGCUCGGUUUCCGAUGCUACAUCCGUCUCAUCUCAUUCUACUACUUCCUCGCACGAAGGAGACGAGUCUGCUCAGCCACUUGCAAUCUCAACACCUGUUCAGGGCAUCCAGACAAUUUCCGAGGACGCCAAGCGACUAUUGCAGAAGACGGGCGACACGAUAUCCAAACCACUAAGCGCGUUAAGCAGGAUAUUAAACGAGGCGUUAGACGGCGUGGGUGGACCACCAGGGGAGAGCAGCAGAGCAGCGACAUAUCUUCCCGGGCCGUUCGCGCCCUUCGAAUUAGGAAGGGAAAAUAGGCAACAGCAACAACAGGUCAAUCCACCUCAGAUCCCACAUUGGAGUCAUCCUGAUCAGACCCGUCAGCAGCAACAACAGCAAUACUAUUACAGCCAUCACCCACAAACGCCGGCCAGCAGUGAUGGGUUUGUGCCCCCAAUCCAAACUCCGUAUAAACAACGGGUGCGCAAAGUCCCGAUGGGUACUCCGCCAGGAACUCCCGGAUAUGGCGGUGAAGAUACGCCAUCACGGAUGGCUCAUGCUGGCCCUGCACUAGUGCCCCCAAGACUACAAUCACUCCAGAUCGGCGGGUACAGCGAUGACUCUGUUUCAAGGACACCAACACCGAAUUUUGAUUUAGCUGGAAUGCAAGCUCAGAUCGAUAGUGCCCACGAACAAGCAGCUCAAGCAGCGAGGGAAACAUUAUUACAAAUAUUCCCUGCGAUGGAGGUAGAGGUCGUUCAGCUCGUCUUAGAGGCCAACGAUGGAGAUCUAGGGAGGAGUAUCGAGGCAUUGCUAGAAAUGAGUAGUGGGGAUUAG